AUGACGCAAUCCGGAUUCCGUAUCGUUGGCCUAUCUGCCACGCUGCCGAAUUAUAUUGAUGUGGCCUCUUUCUUGCGCGUCAACCCCGACAAGGGUAUCUUCUCCUUUGACGGGCGUUUCCGGCCGGUACCACUAUCGCACAAAAACACAUUUGGCGGUAUGCGAGAACUACGUGACCAAUUGGACGCGAUUUGCUACAAGGAGGUACUGGACUUGGUAAGACGCGGACACCAAGUGCUCGUCUUCGUCCAUGCGCGAAACGCGACCGCCACCCUGGCCCAGCGCUUCCGCGAGCUGGCUGCAGUCAAUGUGAUAGGUGAUUUGGAACGUUUCCUUCUUCCUUCCGUCGCCACAACGGGCUACAUUGUCGCGAAGAAGUCUGUUCAAGCCUCAAGGAAUGGGCUGCUUUUCUCUAAUUUCCAAUACGGAAUGGACAUCCAUCACGUUGGUCUCCAUCGUAGCGAUCGAUCGUUGAUGGAGAAAAUGUUUGCGCAGGGAUAUAUUCAAGUCUUGUGCUGUACCUCGACACUCGCCUGGGGAGUCAAUCUGCCAGCGCACGCUGUUGUGAUUCACGGAACUGGCGUCUUCGAUUCGGAAAAAGGAGCAUUCACCGAUUUGGGCGUGCUUGACGUGUGCAACAAAUUUUCGGGCGUGCCGGUCGGCCUCAAUUCGAAAAUGAAGCAGAAAACGCUCUACAAAUACCUGGUAAUGUUGAUUCGUCAAGCGCCCAUCGAGAGCCAGUUUUUCAAUCGCAUCCACGACAAUCUGAACGCUGAAAUUGCGCUUGGCACUGUUUCAACCGUGCACGAGGCGGUCGAAUGGCUUUCCUAUACCUGCUACCAUUUUCGGGCGCGGAUAAACCCGAUCGUUGACCAACUGCCGCACAAUGUCAUGAUAAAGGAUCCUAAUCUCCGGGAUAUAAUGACGCAGAAGGUGCAGGAUAUUUAUUCCCAAUUGGACACACAGCAGAGGAUCCGUUUCGAUUCGCUGAAUCGAUUCUUGUCGGCUUGUGAUUUGGGAAGAAUUACCUCACAGUUCUACAUCAAGUGCGAGACGAUUGAGAUGCUAAAUGGAAGUGCCACCGAGUUUGCUCAAUUGAAGGUUCGGGAAGAAGAGAUGAACGACCUGGACGAAAUGACCGCUCCCGGAUGUUUCUUUCCAAUUCGAGGCGGCGGACUGGCGAGCAUCCCCGGAAAGGUCAAAUGUCUGCUACAGUGCUUCUUCUCCCGCUGCUUCAUCAAGUCGUUCUCCCUAGCGCUGGAGGCGCUCUACGUGCAACUGAAUGUAACUCGAUUUCCCAGUGUCCAGUCAAACGAUGUGUUAUAUGUCGGGAGUGACGAGUUUAGGGAAAGCAUCGGCGAUCUCGCAUCGCACACUCUCGACCGCCUCAUCCAACUGUUGAUGCGGGAGCCGACCCCUCUGAUCGCUGCCAUGGUGCUCGAGCAUCUUGUCGCACGGACCGACUAUGUGGCUGAUGAACAGUUAUUCCUUUUGUGCCGUGGCCUCCUGCAAAGAUGUCGUAAAAGCGUCGAAUUGAGAAAGCGGGUGACGCGAAUCAUAACGGAUUUACGCAACGAGAAGUCGUACGCGGGUGCCAAUAAACUAAUUGAAUUGAAGUGUGUAAUGUGUAAGGUU